AUGAAGCAGUCCGACACUACAGCAUCGACAGCAGUCGAUGAAAAGCCUCGGAGUAGCAUUCAACAUGUGGAUGGCACUGCUCUCGUGCUCUCAUCCGAUAUCGACUCUGCGAAAGUCUGGAACCUGUUGCUUGUCGCGGCAUGUCUCUCGUUCGGUGCGGCUUCCAUGUUGUUUGGCUACGAUGACAAGGUCAUCAGCCCAGUGGCGGCAAUGGAAAGCUUUGUCAAAAAGUUCCAAGGCCACCAGAACUCAGUAGGGGCGAUGGCUCUAACGGCACGCAAUCAGAAUUUGGUAUUCUGUCUUCCGUACCAGCUGGUAGGAGCUGUCAUAGGAGCCGCCUCGGCUGCACCUCUGACGACAAGGUAUGGCCGAAAAUGGGUGGUGAUCGGAGCCUAUGUCCUAUCCAUCUCCGGUACCUUCCUACAGACCUUUGCGCCGAAUCUUGGGGCGUUCGUGGCUGGGAGAUUUUUCAACUCCGCCAUGAUUGCCACUGGCAUGACCAUUGCGCCCUUGUACCUUUCGGAGAUUGUGCCGGCAAGGUAUCGAGGCAUGGCAGUUACCUCCAGCAACAUCUUCAAUCUCAUCGCUGGUGUCAUUGCGACCGUCAUCUGCAACGCCACGUUCUCACAUGCAGGAGCAUCUUCCUACCGUAUCCCUCUCGGCGCGCAAGCCGUAGCACCCGUGUUCUUGAUUCCGAUCACUAUCUUUAUUCCUGAAAGCCCGUUCUGGCUCAUCACGAAAGGUCGCGAUGGGGAGGCAAGGCACAACCUGCGCAAACUCCGGGCUUUCGAUGAUGCACUGGUCGACGAUGAGUUGCGGGUGAUGAAGGCAGCUCAUGACAGCGAGCUUGCGCUGACCUCAGGAGUCAAGUUCUGGGAUCUCUUCAAGAAAGAUAACAUCAUGCGGACACUGGUCGCUGGCUCCAUGUAUUCGGUCAACCAGUGCUCUGGUAUCAUCUUGUCUAGUACCUACGCCACCAUUUUCCUGACUGCACUUGGAGUUGGCAAUCCUUUCCAGCUCACAAUUGCGGCAUCAUGCUGUAUCCUUGCCGGCACUCUGGUGGCACCAAUCCUCGUUGACCGUGCUGGGCGUCGGCCAGUGGCCAUAAUAGGGAUGGCGGUGUUGCUCGCCAUUGAUAUCUCCGCUGGGACACUGGCGUUCUACACCGACAAACCCAAUGUUCCUAUUGCCAUUGCAGCCCUGUCUUUCGUGUUCAACGGCUUCUGGGCAGCAUCGUUUUAUGCCCUUUCCGUGACACUACCAACUGAGAUACCCAAACCCGAGCUUCGGAACAUGACCACAUCCUAUACACUUGCAUGUGCCUAUACAACCGCAGAAAUCACAACUUUUGCUGUUCCUCAGCUAGUCUCAGCGGAUGCAGCGGACCUGGGUGCCAAAACAUAUCUUGUCUUUGGGGGGAUCGUGGCGGCAAUUUUGGCCUUUUACUAUGCCUUCUUGCCGGAGACAUCCGGACGUACCUUUGCUGAGAUCAACGAGCUGUACAGGGAAAACAUUCCGGUGCGCAAGUGGAAGGGUUAUCAGACUUCUGCAGCUAGCCAGGAGGCAAAAGUCGUGGACAAGACAGCCUUGGGUCAUAUUUGA